AGUGUUCAUUGCGAUUCAUUUUGCGGUUCUUUCUUAUUCUUUGUCAUGUACGCACUCAAGUGAAUCGAUUCGUUUGAAUCACCUUCUCCAGAAUAUUCCAUCCACGAUUUCAUCCUCUAUAAUUAUCUGCACUCGUUUUAAGGAUAAGAAGAAUCCGCGUGCGUCAAAUAAUACUAUACUGAUAUGACGGGAAAGAUCCGAUUAUUCCUGCUUGCGAAUCGACUCGCUCAUCCGACUCACUCUCAAAGAGUCGUCUAAAGUGAUCCGAUACAGUCAAGAAGAAGCCCUUAUCAGAUUCACUCUUCUGUCCUUGCCUGGCUGGAAAAUUCUAUAUAAACAUUUCGACAUCAAUGUCUCAUUGUCCAGUGGCCAGACUAACCCUUCUGAUCGUGUGCAGCUUUACAGGCACAGAUUGUUUUCUAUCCAUGUGGGCCAAUGGACCUACGAUGGUCACGGCUUUUGUGGGCACCAACUUGACACUUGGCAUUUCGUACAGCGGAGUCACCAACCCUCUAGUGACGUGGCAGAACGGGACGCUUGUUCUGGCCAUAUGGACCGUAGGCCAAACCACUUCUCCUCCUGGCAUCAACCCAACAUAUAGCAGCGUCUUAUCCUUGGAUCAGAACGGAUCUCUGGUCUUCCAGAACGUUUCAGCCAGCUACAGCGGGACAUAUGUAGCGAAAAUGGCAAAACCCGGGGAUCAUGAGGCCUCGGUCAACUUUACACUGUUGGUGUACAACGUCAUCACGGACGCUUCUGUGGUCACAGCCUCACAGGAUGUGGUAGAGGGAGGAACGCCAUUUACUCUGUCCUACAGCUCCAUGCAAGGACCUGUCAUGUCUUCAACAUGGUACUUUAAAGGUGCGGAGGUGGUGAACGGCUCUCGGUACCUGAUAACUAGCAAGAGUCUGAUCAUAAAUCAGCCGAACCGUAACGACACAGGGCUCUACAGCGUGGCGCUGACUAAUCCAUUCAGUAACGUGACACAGAGCAAGAACAUCACAGUGCUGUAUGGACCAGAUCAGCCGGUUUUGGAGGUCAGUCCUACAAAAGCGACCUUUGUUCCCGGAGAGACCUUGUCUCUGUCGUGCCGAGCUGAAGGUGAACCGACUCCCUCGGCGUCGUGGCUGUUUAACGGACAGGAGCUGCCCAGCUCCAACGGCACACUGCGACUCGGCCAUGUUCAGACGAGUCAGAGCGGCGUUUAUAAGUGUGUCCUGAUUAACAGCAGGACCAACACCCGUCUCAGCAGGAACGUCACCGUAACCAUCCAGGGUCUUAGCGGGUCAGCCAUUGCCGGUAUAGCUGCCGGAGUCCCGUGUGUCAUCCUCCUGCUGCUCCUCCUCGCAGGCCUCAUCCUCCUCUGUUACUACUGCUAUAAAAAGAAAACAGCAAAUCGGAAUCCCAGAUAUCCUGUCGCAAGAGCCGUGAAGAAGGCUGUAAUCAUUCAGCCGAAUCUGACCAAACCUCACCAUCUGCUGACCAGCAGCAUUAAACCACCUCCAGCCUACAACCACCAUCGUAACCAGGCACCUAGCGAACGUUCAGGCACGCUGCCAUUAGGCAUUCCCCCGGUCCGAAUGGCCACUAUGGUGUAACACACACUCUGACUUGAUGACCAGUAACCAGGAAGAUUUUUCCCUGUCCUAAGGACAUUUGCUAAGAGGCCUGGCAUUGUUCAGAUCUACCUCCCACACACUCGGUCAUCAGCCAAAGCAUUAUCAAUGACUGUUCAACAUUUCAACAAGCUGACCAAAAACACUGAAUUUUUUUUUCCUAGCUCUGCAACUUCCUUCUUUUUGAGCCACAGAGUAAAUUACUCAAUAAACACUGCAGGAAAUUCUUAAUAUGCACUUUCUGUGCAUAUUUUUGUGUAUUGAUAUUGGUAUUUUUGUUAAGUUCAUUUUUAUUUGUACAUAUUCUAAAUAAAAUCUC